CUUUCUUGAAUUUGUCCUGUGCCCUCUUUUCAAUACAUUGAAAUCCACUAAACUCUUUAUUUAUAUAUAAAACCAUUCUUCCAGGAUGGCUUCGUUGAUCACAGCCAAAGCAAUUAUGAGUCAUCAUCAUGUUUUGUCCUCAACUAGAAUCACUACACUUUGUUCCGACAAAGCCAUCGACAACCAACAAAGAAAAACAAAACUCCAAAUCUCUCACCGAUUUUUCUCCCGCCGAACAAUAUCUGCAGCUGUAAUCAACUCAGCGUCGCCUGUGCCGAAGAAAGAGACGGUGGAAGAUGAGAGACGGUGUCAUGUUGCGUGGACAAGUGUACAACAAGAGAAGUGGGAGGGUGAGCUUACUGUCCAAGGAAAGAUCCCCACUUGGCUGAAUGGUACGUAUCUAAGAAACGGACCGGGCCUAUGGAACAUCGGAGACCACGACUUCCGACAUCUCUUCGACGGCUACUCCACACUAGUCAAGCUCGAAUUCGACGACGGUCGUAUAUUCUCCGGCCACCGUCUCCUCGAAUCCAACGCCUACAAAGCCGCCAAGAAACACAAGAAGCUCUGUUACCGCGAAUUCUCCGAGACUCCAAAACCGUCGAGAAGCAACUUCAAGAACCCUUUCUCCGGGGUCGGAGAGAUCGUCAAACUAUUCUCCGGCGAGUCUUUAACGGACAACGCCAACACCGGAGUGAUCCGUCUCGGUGACGGACGUGUCAUGUGCCUCACGGAGACUCAAAAAGGAUCGAUUCUUGUCGACCAUGAUACGUUAGACACGAUAGGGAAGUUCAAAUACGACGACGGUUUGUGCGAUCACAUGAUCCACUCGGCGCAUCCCAUCGUGACAGAGACGGAGAUGUGGACGUUGAUACCUGAUCUUGUUAAGCCUGGUUACCGGGUCGUGAGGAUGGAGGCCGGGUCGAAUAAAAGGGAGGUUGUGGGGCGGGUUAAAUGUCGGUCCGGGUCGUGGGGACCCGGGUGGGUUCACUCGUUUGCGGUGACGGAGAAUUAUGUUUUGAUACCGGAAAUGCCCCUGAGGUAUUCGGUGAGGAAUCUGCUUAGAGCUGAGCCGACGCCGCUUUACAAGUUUGAGUGGUGUCCUAACGACGGAGCUUUUGUUCAUGUCAUGUCCAAACUCACUGGAGAAAUCGUGGCAAGCGUGGAGGUCCCUGCAUACUUAACGUUUCACUUCAUAAACGCAUACGAAGAAGAUGAAAAUGGAGACGGGAAAGCGACGGUCAUCAUUGCAGAUUGUUGCGAACACAACGCAGAUACGCGGAUACUCGAUAUGCUCCGUCUCCACACAUUACGUUCCUCACAUGGUGACGACGUCUUACCCGACGCUAGGAUUGGAAGAUUCAGGAUACCGUUGGAUGGAAGCAAGUACGGGAAACUGGAGACGGCAGUGGAGGCGGAGAAGCAUGGGAGGGCGAUGGAUAUGUGCAGCAUCAACCCUUUGUAUUUGGGUCUAAAGUAUCGUUACGUUUAUGCGUGUGGUGCUAAAAGACCUUGUAACUUCCCCAAUGCCCUCACCAAGGUUGAUAUUGUGGAGAAGGAAGUGAAGAUCUGGCACGAACAUGGCAUUAUACCAUCCGAGCCAUUCUUUGUGCCUCGUCCAGGCGCAACCCAUGAAGAUGAUGGAGUGGUGAUAUCGAUAGUAAGUGAAGAAAAUGGAGGAAGCUAUGCGAUAUUGCUUGAUGGAAGCUCCUUUGAAGAAAUAGCAAGAGCCAAGUUUCCUUAUGGUCUUCCUUAUGGCUUACAUGGUUGCUGGAUCCCCAAGCACUGAACACUACAAACUCAACAAAGAUACCUUCAUUAUACAAAACACAGAGAUAAGUAAUAUUUAUUUGUAGAAAUUUGUAUAAUUACUAUAUUAUACA